ACGUACGACUUGCAAGUCGAGUGAAAGCUGUCUAUUUACCUAACUCUUUAUCGCGAAAUGGCAUCUAGCAGAGCCUCAAAUGUAUCCGAAUUUCGCCAAGUCUUGAGCAGACUCAAAGAUUUACAUGAGAAGCUGGAAAGGUCCGAUCAAUCUAGUCUUGCAGCUAAAUUGUCGGACAUAAAUGGCUCCUUAAGCGUUAUCGAAGGUCACCAGACUGACUUCUCCGAUACAGUCCUGCAAACUUUGGAGAGGAUCCAUUCUACGAUGGUAAAUGGCUUCAAAACUAUGGAAGACAGGAUAUCCACACUAGAAGCCAAACUAACCAGCCAUGAGACUGGAAGCUAUGAUGCAGCGACGCCGCCGAAUUCUUCAAGAAAAAGAAAAAUCGCACGACACCCUGAUCUUUCGCAUUACGUCCGCUCCAAGAUGGAACAGUUAGGACUGUCGUGGAACACGGUAAGGAAGGAGAAUGAGCCACCAAACCAAGAAGUUGCCAGAAGACUUCUUAAAGAAGUUCAAGAAGUUGAGCACGUAAAGAAUGACUCUCUCUGCACAGAGAGGCGGAUAUUUGAUGCUGUCUCUCAAAACUUUGCCUCCAACAAAAGAAAGAGGAGGCAGAUGGAAAAUGGUACAUAUGAGCAGUACCAAAGGGAACAGAAGAGGAGGCAAAGAAUUAAAAGGAAACUGGAGAAGAGACUGAGAGUGGUUACUGAGGAAGAAAAGAAGUCAGAAUUGUUCGAGGCAUUGCAUUUGUCAAUGAUAUCCUCAGAUGAAUCUGAUGGCGAGGAUGACACCCUGUCCACAAAGCAUCCUGUCUGGAGGGCAGAGGAGGUUUCUUCUUUCUUCAAAGAACUGGACUCAGGGCAUAGGGCAAAUAUGUCCACCCAACAAAGGAGGCAGUCUGUAAACAAUGAAGUGCCAGAGAAAUUGCUCUGGGCCAUAAAAUUGUAA